CAAUUAAAUUUCGCCCAUUUUGGACAAUUUUUUUCAUAAUGAGAGACAAAAAGGCGCCUUGUCGCUUCACUGACGACCUUGAACACUACCUUGUUGUCUUUAAAGAAGAUGACAUCAAGAAGAUUUUCGGAGCUGAAGAGCUAAGGAAAUGUGGUGAAAGAGUAAAAGGUGCUUCAUGUGAAGCUCUUUGGAAGGAUUCUAAUCAUACUGACUGGUAUCCUGCCUUUAUCGUGGACAUUGGAGAUCUUGAAUAUUUGAAAAGUGUUCAGCUUGGUCGACAAAAACUGCAGAAGGUGCAGAAGAAAAAAUUACCUGCAGCCUCCAGUACCAACAAGAAAGCUGCAGUCAGUGCAAAGAAAAGAAAGAGACCUGCAGUUCAAAAAUUACAAGAUGUAGAGAGUGAAUGCGAAGAUGAGCAAAAAAGGAGGAAAACCCUUAACAAUGAUGCAAAGGCUAAAAAAGCUGCCAAUGCAAAAGCUUUAAAGGAGGCACUUCUGAAGAGAAGGCUGGAACAAGCAAAGGUGUUUGACAUACCUCCAAAUGACAACUAUGACUCAGAUAUUGAAUGUACAAGUAGUAACAAUAUGCAUGUAAAUCAAGAGAAGGAGUACCUCUGUACAGUCAGACAAGUAAUCACAUACACAGGGUCCAAGGACAAAAGAAAACCAAAGGAGUCAGGAAUAUAACUAAACCAUGCAAGUUUUCAAAUAUCACUAUACAUUUUAAAAUUGUUCAACUUCAUUACCCAAUUAUUGGUGGCCUUAACAAUGCCUUGAAAGUUAGGGGUGAAAGGGGGCCAUUUGACCCACUAACACCUGUAAUUACCUAAAUCACCCAUGCAUGAUCGUACAAGAGCAAGACAUAAUCAAUUCCUGCAAACUUAUUGGGUAUCUUACGGGUCAAAUGCAAGACUGAUUAAGACCCUCAGCUGGUAAUUAUUUAGAACUACUGGACCAAUUAAUGUAGCACAAAAAAAUGAGUUAUUCCUAAAGAGGUUAUAGAAGGCCCAGUAGCUUUGGGCAUUGGAGUUCACUCCUUGGUCAAGAUUGUAACUAUAUAGCCAAUUGUUUUGCCUAGAGGUGAUUUGGGGUUCUUAAUAUUGUUAAAAAUUUUUACUAUCCUUGCCUUUGGAACAUAAUGGAAACUACACUGUAUUGGGCCUAGAACUAUCUAUUACCCAACCAUAUGGGCCAUGCACAAGGCGUUAUAUAUAGUAAGAGAGCUAUCUAAUUUUAUUUCAUUAAGCCAGUAUGUUUGAAAUAAUGAUAUGAUUAUUAUUAUCU